GGCUGCUGCGGCGGGCGGGAGGCUAGUGCCCCGUGUGCACGUGUGGAGAAGCGGCAGCACCAGCGAGGCGGCGGGAGAUAACCCGCCCCCUCUGGAGACUCAGGGGCGCGCUCGACUCUCGCGGCCUCGGUCACCCGCUCAGCCCACCCUGCCCUAGGCGAGGAGGCCGGCUUGUGGGGUUGAGGGGCCCGAGCUGUGGGCGCGGAGAGCUCAGGGCGGUGAAGACGACGGCGUUGAUAUCGGUGGUAACGACGGCCUCAGCAGGCGGGGAAGAUGAAAGGUAGCCGGAUCGAGCUGGGAGAUGUGACACCACACAAUAUUAAACAAUUGAAGAGAUUGAACCAGGUCAUCUUUCCAGUCAGCUACAAUGACAAGUUCUACAAGGAUGUGCUGGAAGUUGGCGAACUAGCAAAACUUGCCUAUUUCAAUGAUAUUGCUGUAGGUGCAGUAUGCUGUAGGGUGGAUCAUUCACAGAAUCAGAAGAGACUUUACAUCAUGACACUAGGAUGUCUGGCACCUUACCGAAGGCUAGGAAUAGGAACUAAAAUGUUAAAUCAUGUCUUAAACAUCUGUGAAAAAGAUGGCACUUUUGACAACAUCUAUCUGCACGUCCAGAUCAGCAAUGAGUCGGCAAUUGACUUCUACAGGAAGUUUGGCUUUGAGAUUAUUGAGACAAAGAAGAACUACUAUAAGAGGAUAGAGCCUGCAGAUGCUCAUGUGCUGCAGAAAAACCUCAAAGUCCCUUCUGGUCAGAAUGCAGAUGUGCAAAAGACAGACAACUGAACAAAUUACAAAGGAACUUUCUUGCACUUGCUUGUCGCCAAAUAAAAGAAAGGCCCAUUGAUUCCACCCCCCUCCCCCUUUCUUUUAAAACUUUUCCUCCCUUCUUAUUCUUGUUUUUCUUCCUUUCUUCCAAGAGUUUUAAUACUUUCAAGGACUUUUAAGAAUAAUCAUGUUUGGAUUGUUUUAGUUCUCUUAUUUUUGUGAGGUGGUUUGACUGAAGGAAGGAGAGGGUAGAUCUGUGUAGUUUAACAGUUAAGAUAUAUGGUCCCAAAAAUUUGGGUGUCAAUUUCAAAUUUUUUAGCUGAUUUUUUUUUUUUUAAUGUCCUGCUUUCACAUUGAAGGGCAGAGCCUACAAAAUAUUGUAUAUUUCAAAAGAAAAAAAAGCAGCAGCAAUAUCUUGUUCUCUUACUCAUAGACAAGUUUAGUGUGUUUGUGGUACUUUGGGUUUUUAAAGAUUAUUGUGGGAUUGUAAUCCCUACUUAUUGCCUUCACUCCACCUCUAGACCUUCUGAGCACUCUCUCAGGAGCUGGACCAUUGUUAUCCUUGUAAGAAAUUCUAAGCUUAUUUUGGGUUUUUAAGCAAUUAUUUCUUCUCUUCUUGCUGGUGGGUGGGGCAAUUGGGGUAGAUAGUAUUAUACUUUGGUCUAAGCAUUUGAGUUAAAUUGCUUCUUUGCUAAUGAGUGGGCUGGUUGUUAGCAGGUUUAUUUUUCCUGCUGUUGAUUGUUACUAGUGGCAUUAACUUUUAGAGUGUGGGCUGGUGAGAUUAAUUUUUUUUAAUAUCCCAGCUAGAGAUAUGGCCUUUAACUGACCUAAAGAGGUUUGUUGUGAUUUAAUUUUUUCUCCUGUUCAUUUUCUUCAAUAAACCCAACAAUAGUUAGUCUAACCUUAAAAAUGGAGUUCAUGUCCGUAUAGGUCAAUACCCCUAAAUAAACCUGAAACAGGUAUUUUCUCUUGGACAUAUUAAAAAAUACCUAAAAGGAA